ACUGUCAAGCCACUCCCGCCAAGCGCAUUUUUGGCACUGCACUGACUCCGUCGGUAUCCACUUGUAUAAGUACAUAAGACAAAAUUAUCAACUGGGCAAAUCAACGAAAGGAGGCAUCCUCUCUCCUUACCUCCAUUUGUUCGCGUCGAGGCAGUCACUAUUACUAUUGACAAACGACAAACAGCGCUAGUGCGCAGCUCUGAUUCAGACCCAUCAUCCUUGUCCGAUUAAACUAAACUUCCGUUCUCCCUUCAUACACGUAUUUUGAAGUUGUGCAUAUAUCCCUUUACUCCUCACGAAUCUAAGCAAGCUGCACGAUGGAUGAUGCUGGUUGGCAUGCUAGACAUAGGGCAAAGAAGGACGCAGAGCGAUGGUCACAACCUCAGAGAGGACCCGAUGGGCGAUACACACCCGUCGAGCCUCAAGUCCAUCCCAUGCAAGAACCCUUCGUAGGCGGAUUCACUUUACCCGAUGCCGCCUCUGCAAGUACUUCAGGAUCACCACCAGUACCGCCGCCAAAGGAUAACAUAUCUUAUUAUCACUCCACCGGAACCAAUGGACAUUCAUUAUCACAAACGCAUUCGCGGACAUCGUACGCUGAUACGAUCCGGACGAACACAACCUCGCAGAAUUCGAUGAUAUAUGCUACCCGACAUUUGGCUAACAUGACUGCCGUUGAACGCUCGAGGAACUUCAAGGUUGCACGUAUGAACCCAUACCUGCAAUUCAUGGCGGGGCCAUUGUUACGUUACGAUACGGUCGAUAACGAUGGGGUGUGGCACGGCGCAGCACUCAUUGUCACUGCCGAUGCCGGAUCUACUUACGAACCACAUCCUACGUUCACGUACUCGUGGGACCCAAAUGCGCAAACGGCACCUCAAAUGCACAGGAGGACCGACUCUCGAUCAACGGGACAUGGCAGCUCGAUCGACUUAGGACCACAUCCUGCUGACCCAUAUUCAACGGUCUUUCCUGCGGCAAAUGGUGACCAUACGCAGCUUAGCCCGACAGCCAUGACACAGAAUGUGCUUGGCGAGGAGAUUUGGGUCUACUGUGGAAAUGGAGGGACCUUCACAUUCUGGAGGUUCAUGAUACAUAUACCUCUAUCGACGCGUGAAAUGCGAGUAACCUACACCGUCAACAACGGACAACAUUUGCAUUUCUUCGUUCCUGCUCGGAACCAAAACAUGCGUUGGGCAGCAUUUUCUUGCAAUGGCUUUAGUGCGGGAAUAAACCCUGAUGACUUCCGAGGACCAGGAUUUGCCAGUGGAUAUGAUCCAGUAUGGUCUGACCUGUUAGCUAAGCAUAAAGAAGAACCGUUCCACGCACUGGUCGGUGGAGGAGACCAAAUCUACUGCGAUGGUGUCAUUCGCGAGCCUGAGAUGCAAGAAUGGGUUACCACAAAACGGCCAGAGGACAAAAAGGCGUUUCCUCUCACCGAAGAGAUGCGCUUCGCUAUUGAUAGGUUCUACUUUAAUCACUAUUGUCAGAUUUUCAGAAGUGGCGCAUUUGCUAGGGCGAAUAGUUCCAUUCCUAUGGUGAAUAUGCUUGAUGAUCAUGACUUGAUUGAUGGGUUUGGAAGCUAUCCUGACGACCUUAUGCAAUCAUCCGUGUUCGGAACGAUUGGCGCAAGAGGCUACUUCUUUUUCCUUCUCUUCCAAUGCUUCGUGAACGUCGAUGUUGACGGUGUCAUCGAUCAGAAACACCCAUUUCGAUCCACAAUUAUAGGCGGACCCGGACCCUUCAUCCCAUUCCCGUCUCAUUCUAUUCUUUCCUACCUAGGUCCAAACAUAUACCUCCUUGCGCUCGACUGUCGCGCCGAGAGAAUGAAGGAGCAAGUGUGUAGCAAGCAAGAAUACGAUGCUGUCUUCAAGCGUCUGUACGAGUUACCUUCCCAAAUAGAACAUCUUGUUCUAUUGACUGGUGUACCGAUUGCCUAUCCUCGCAUGGUCUUUCUGGAGACUGCACUGGAGUCAAAGAUGAAUCCUCUUGUUGCUCUUGGUCGGAACGGUUCGUUAGGCUUGUCAGGCUUCGUGAACAAGUUCAACGCCGACGCCGAAUUGCUUGAUGACCUGAAUGACCACUGGACAGCAAAGUCGCACAAGCGAGAACGAAACUGGUUGAUUGAACAGCUACAAUACUUCGCGAAGGCAAAGCAUGCACGCGUCACACUGUUGGCCGGGGAUGUACACUGUGCGGCUGUCGGCGUUCUGAAAACUCUGGUCAAGGGGAAGAACAAGGCGGAUAUACCACCACCCAUCGACUUCCGUUAUAUGAUCAACGUUGUGUCAAGUGCUAUUGUGAACACACCACCGCCCAACGGCGUGCUUACUAUGGUAGGUACAUUGGCAACGAAGACUCAUCGGACUCUUCACCAUAUGGACACGGACGAGAGCAUGAUCCCUGUAUUUGAGAAAGACACAAAUGGUAGUGCACCCAAGAGCAAAUUCAUCAUGGGCAGAAGAAACUGGUGCAGCGUCAAAUUUGACCCGGCUUCAGGGGAUCUUGUUUUCGAUAUUCGCGUAGAGCGAGAGAAAGGAUAUGGAGACACUGUUGGUUAUGUCGUACGCGCACCACCGCCGCGAUGGUCCCCCUGAAUGGCUCUUUGAUUUCUAUCUGGUUACGAAUGCACUUCUCUCGCAUUGCUAAACUCUCGAAUCUUUAAUUAUUUGUUGAUCUUCGCACUCAAGCUGUAUUUAUAAUCGCUCUUCACUACAUAUACCCGUCUAAUCCCCACAUGUAUUCACUCGUACUUCUUCAACCCAUGUGUCCGCCCUGAUACCCACCCUGAUAUUUUCAAAUCAGACAGUAUUC